CCCAAUUGAGUGGAUAAGUGAGUGUAUUGGAAUGUGGCUUGAGCGGCGCUAGCGUGAAUUCGGCUGGAAGAGGAAAAAGAAGCCGCACAGACCGAAAUAGUGACCUGGGGAAAAGAAGAAGGAUUGUAAAUAAUAAUAAGACGUAAAUAAAUAAAUAAAUAAAUUCAAUCUGGGAUUAGAAAAAUAAUUUUAAAAUGCCAAGCAAAAAGAAGAAAUACAACGCCAGGUUUCCUCCGGCAAGAAUUAAGAAGAUCAUGCAGACGGAUGAAGAAAUAGGCAAAGUAGCUGCUGCAGUUCCUGUCAUAAUCUCGCGGGCACUGGAACUCUUCCUGGAGUCUCUUCUGACAAAAGCGUGCCACGUUACCCAGUCGCGCAACGCCAAAACCAUGACGACGUCACAUUUGAAACAGUGCAUUGAACUGGAGCAGCAGUUUGACUUCCUGAAGGAUCUGGUGGCCACAGUGCCGGAUAUGCAGGGGGAGGGGGACGAGAAUCACGCCGAGGGAGCGGAGAGGAUCCCACGCAGAGGGCGAAAGCCUGGCUCAGGACGCAAGAACGGAGGAGCAGGAGCCAAAGGCAAAGACAAGAAGCUGUCGGGCACGGAGUCUGAACAAGAGGACGACUCUGAAGACAGCGAGACAGAUGGAGACGAGGAGGACAUCUCUCAGCCCAGCAACACACACCAUCAGGCAGCGCCCCAUUUUCACAGCCCAGACAUGCCUCCUCCAUACAUGCCCAUGGGUGCCCCUCAGGCUGCAAUCUCCAUGCCCAUCAGCGCUUUCAGCUCCCAGCCUUCAGUCAUGGGGAUGAUCCCACCUCCUCCCGCCACGGCGCUGCACAAAGAAGAACACGACGACGACGAAGACUAUGACUCUUAGCUCCUUGUCCCCCACCCCCGGUCGAACCAUUUUACAUUCGUUUUCUUAAGUUGUUCUUGUUAAGCUGCAGAGUGCAAAUGGAUGGAAACCCACAGAACUUGACGAGUUAACGUCCAGAUACCGGUGAAGGGCGUUAGCAAGGCUGCAGCCACAACGCAAGAAGAAGAAUGAGUUGUAUAUUAGCUCUGUGUUUUAAUUUCUUUUUUUAAGAAUUCUUAUUUUACUGUCCAGAUUAAAAUGGGACAAUUGGUUUAGGCUAUUUUUAAAAAAAAAACAGAAAAACAAAAAUUGUUGCAUUCUUGGCUCGCAGUCUCAUUUGGAAAAUAGCCCUAAUUUUUUUUUUUUUUUUAAAUUAAAAACCCAAAAUAGAUAUUCCCUGUAGUCUUUUUUUUUUGCACUUUUUUUUGUCAUUUUAGGCUGUCAUUCUUCUUUUGUUCAGUCCGACGUAGCACAAAUUCUUUCCGCCGUUCACUCGUUCAGUUUGAUUUGUGGUGUUAGAAACUCUUCCGAUUGAUCUCGGUGAUCCAUCACUGCGACAGAAAGAUGAAGGACGUAUGCACCAUGAAGAAACGUGACGCAUGUCGUGUAUGAAAACCGUCAAAAGAGAAAAUGAGUCAGGAAAUCAACUGCACGUUUAACUUUGGGUCAACAAUCAUGCUAAUUGUGUCAGGUUUUUUGUAGAGCUGUGUAAAAAAAUAAAAUAAAAUAAAUAAAUAAAUUUUUUUCACCCUCCCUCCAUUUUGAACACCAUUUUUAAAAAUUCAAGUUUUAUUUCCUUUAACCAUGUAACACAACUUUUACCAAGCCAAGAUUUUUCCAUUAAACUUAUCUUAGAACAUUUUAAUAAUGCACAAGACUAUUCACUUUUUUUUUUUUUUUCUUUCCCCCACCCCAUGUGGACUUUAGUUCUGUUUUUGACCUCGUUGCAUAAUCGCGCUCCUCUUGGCUGAGAUCGAAAGCUCUCGAAAAAUCGAACUCGCGCAAACAACAGAAUCAUGAGCCUCGUUGUCUUUAAAAACCAACCGUACAACCAAAUGCACCUUUGUAUCAGCGCUGUCUAUCGUGAUCUUGUAUCUUUUUAAAUUGUUUUAAUGUUCUUUGCGAGGUCCGAGACGAGCCGGAACAUUCUCUCCCUUCCUCCUACCUGUGUUUUUUUUUUUUUUUUUUUUUUUUUUUUUUUGUGGCUGUCUCUCUUCAGGUGUGUAAAGUUUGGCUGCUCAGAGGCUGUAUGUGAAACUUUUAACAUUCUUAUUUUGUAUGAGUGAAAUAAUAAAGUGCAAAUUUCGGUAUAA